AUAUUAUUAUUUAUUAUAUUAUAUUUUAUAACAAUAAUGCGAUAAAUCUUGAACAAAAAUAAAAAUGAAUAUAUAAUUUCAUACGUGAGUUCGUAUUAUUGACCCCUAAUGACCCGUAGCGCAGAGGAGUUCCCCGAGUGUGCUUGCAGAUAUGCAGAGACAAAGAUAGAACCGGAUAAGAAACCGACGGUAAUUCCCCGUUCAAAAUAUCGCAAAGAAAACAGGGAAAAAGAUGUCAACGUGAAAUUCAUAUAUAAAUCGAAGCUUUUGUCGACUGUGACACAGAAAUCAAUCAACUCUAUAGACAAGAACAUUACAAAUCUUGUGCUUAAGAGUCGAAGUGAACAAAAAAAAAACAAUUUCCAAGAUGAAAUUGAUCGUGUUGGUUGUCUUCUGCGCUAUUGCAUACGUUUCUGCUCAAGCGGAAUUAGAACCUGAGGAUUAUAUCCCGUCUCGUUUCCGACGACAGGAAAGAGGAUCCAUCGUCAUUAAAGGAACUAAAGAGGGAAGAAAUCGUCCAUCCUUGGACAUUGACUACAAACAACGUGUCUACGAUAAGAAUGGAAUGACGGGAGAUGCCUAUGGUGGAGUAAACAUUCGUCCUGGACAACCUGCUCGACAACAUGCAGGCUUCGAGUUUGGGAAAGAAUAUAAGAAUGGUUUCAUCAGAGGACAAAGUGAAGUUCAACGUGGUCCUGGUGGCAGACUUUCACCAUACGUUGGAAUAAAUGGUGGAUUUAGAUUUUAAGAUAUUUUCAAAUAACAAUUAACAAUAAAUUAGCGAUUCGUAUUUACGUAGCAUUUAAUAAUUAUUUAUUCCAGUAAUGCAUUUAUUUCAUUUUGAUCUUAUUAAUUUAUAAAUAUUAUAAUUAAUUGGUAUGAUAUUGAAUAUUGGUAGAUUGUAAUUCGGAUUGUAAUUCGAUUGUAUUAAUUACAAUAUAAGAGAUUCGAAUAAAUAUAAUUUUAUCAUUACAAA